CGAAAGCUGUUAUUAAAAGACAUCAAUGAACAUAUUACAUGUGGUUUGUGCAAAGGAUAUCUUGUAGAUGCCUCUACGAUCACGGAAUGCCUGCAUACAUAUUGCAAAAGCUGCCUAGUAAGAUAUGUACAAGAUAGUAACCGUUGUCCUACCUGCGAUAUUGUUAUUCAUGAAACUCAGCCAUUGUAUAAUAUAAGGAUGGAUAGAACAAUGCAAGAUAUCGUUGAUAAAUUCGUUCCUUGGUUAAAAGAAGCGGAGAGGGAAAGAUUGAAUAAAUUUUAUAUUGACCAUGGAUUGCAAAACCCUUUCACAACACUAACAAAGCAAGAUAAGUAUAGAGAUGAUAGGCAGCGAGAGAAUAUAGAAAAACGUCAUGAUUACGAUUAUCAUCGAUCUGAUGAGCAAAUUGCUAUAUGUUUUCGAUGUGCAGACUCUUUUAGCCGAUCUUUAGAAAGAAAUUUUAUUUUGUGUUCAUCGCAAAUAACUAUCCGACAUUUGAAGAAAUUUUUAAUUAAAAAAUUAUGUCUUCCAUCCUUAGAUAAUAUAAUCAUAACUUGUAAUGGUGUCAGCGUAGGACAAAGUCAUAGUAUGCAGUUUGUCCGAUUAACUCAUUGGCUUAAGGUGAGAUUUAGAUGUGGAGAUUAG